CUAAUUCGAUCGGAUAGAAUCCGCACGUGUUGCAGAUAGCGUCUUAUUGCGGAGGGCGUGGGUCUUUCAAGGAUAAGGGCUUGUGACAGUCACAGACGCUCUAUACCUGGGCUGUACCUGUGAUUCGCGCUGUGUCGACACGCGGAAUGCUGCUAUUUACCUGGAAAGUAUGCAACAACACCUGCAGAGAAAUAACAAAAUGAGGAGAGAAUUAUUUGACAGUUUCUUUUUCUGGAUGUUAACGUUGUCGUGGGUCCUUCACGUGGAUGGUCAAGCACCCUUAUCGGCAGCGACAGCGGAGUCGGGGAGUCCCGCAGACCCUACCGCGGCCUCACCCCCAGACGUCGUGACCCAGGUGCUGCGGGUACCCCACCUCAACAAGUCAGUCACGCUGGAUAUUGUACAGAGCUCUAAGGUGAUGGUUGUCUUUCAAGAAGAUGCAGAGGAUGAAGCAAGGGUGUCCUUUCGUCUCCAGACCCCCAGACUCCAGGACCAAGUGGUGCUUUCACACACUGUGACCUCUCUGAAGGACCAGGUCAACAUCAAACUAUACAUUGGAACGAGGGAUGUUCGGGUUGAGGAGGCAGAUCUCUGGCCGAUUGUGUUGUCCGUAAUUUGUGUCAUCAUCGUGGCAGCACUGACCUUCACCUUGUGGUGCUACAAGAAGCGUGGCACGUAUCGAUACCGUGUGCGGGAACCGGCAGAGGCAAACACGGAUUCGGACGGACAGACCCCCGUGCGGACACACCAGGCUCUCGGCAGGGUGGUUCCCCCCCAACGUCAGGGUGCUGGUGACAAAGCUUGUUUGGUUGGACCUUCCAGGAGCUGGCUAGGGCAUGCCUCACUCCACAGCCCUGUGUUCUCCCCACAGGAACACCACAGCAUGACACAGGAUCAGGACACAGCGACACAGGAACAAGGAGCUGCAUGUAGUGAGGUGUCCCUCCAGACAGAUGGCGCCACUGACAGACAGGCACUGCAUGUAGCCACAGCACCAUCACCAUCACCAUCGUCAUUGCAAGCGGUGUGGGACAACCUGCCAUUCAUUGAUGAAGCGGAAGCGGAAGAUGGUCCUGCUCAUCAUGCCGUCUCUGCUGCCCAACCGAUGUUCACGUCAUGUAUAUCCUGCACCGCCUCCACCAAUGUCCUGUGUCAGGGGUCACUUCCUGUUUACCUGUUGCUCACGUUGUCGGUGCUGACCGUGCUCUGCGUUUGUACCUUCAUCCCGCCUUCACAAAAGAGCAUCCUGAAUGUGGGGGUGCCAUCUUCUACUCUGAUACGACAUGUCCGAAUGUAUUCUGACAAGCCCGAGUUGUCCGACUUCAUCAUCAACAGUACCACAUUGUCCCUCGUCUCUCGGUUACAGAUUCUUGAUUUUGAGAAUUGUCAUGAUGACUUGUUGAGUUGCACGACAUUUGCUCGGUGUGAGGCUGCAGAAGGAUAUGUAACGUGUCGCUGCAAGCGAGGAUUUUAUGUCAGUGGACAGAGAUGUCAAGCCUGCAGCACCUCCUGCCCAGCUGGCCACUACAUGUCAGGUGCUUGCUCCGCUUCACGAGAUGUCAAAUGUAAAAAGUGUCAUGUUUGCCGUGGAUCUACAUAUGAAGCUGCUCCUUGUACAAUGACACAAGACACCAUCUGUGUUGAAGUGGCAUUUCCUGUUGGCAUCCUGCCCAUGAACUACACACAGCUGCAGGAUGAUGGAACAUUGAUCAAUGUUACCUCGUCGUCAAAUGUGUUCAUGGAGCGGCUGCGGGACAUGGAGGAGCUGGAGACGCCGAUGUAUGUGACCAACAAUCAGCAGAGCAUGGACUACGUGUGGAGGCGCACGUCAGGCCUGAAGAUCAAGAUUGGCAUCUCGGAUGUGUACCUGGUGCCUGAGUAUGUGGACAUUGACCAUGUUGAUGACAAUGCCUACUUCCACAUGAACAAAAACAUCUCAUCUACUCUGAAAGAGAAGUUUCAGGAUACAGAAAAAAGUUACUGUCGAGACCCAAUGCCGGACUUCUACAGCCUCUAUCUGCACAUCUUCCGCCACCGCAUCACUGCAGCGAAGUCCGUGACUUGUUCGUCCAAGGACCACUCUAUCCGCUGUCCACCCGGCUACAAAGAUGGCCAGUCCCACCUCCGCCGCUACAUCAACAUGCCCUGCCACAAGUAUGAGAUCAACCGGCGGCAGAACCUGACGGAGCUCCGUGACACCCAUAACAGUGUUGUGUGCACUGACAAUACACCGCUCUCCCUCAUCUUCGGGAUGCCCAACCCGGCCAAGGAGCCCAUGAGAUUCCCCUCAGAAGACUGCAAGUUUAAUCAGGAAGAGUGUCAGAAGUGUUUACAGAGAGAUUCCUGCAUCAAGAGUGGUAACUCAACAGGUGUACCGGAGUGCUGCAACAUUGAAUGUUACAAGAUGCCCACAUGUAACCAGGCUUUCAGCUCUUCCUGUCCUCUCGCUGGUGUCGAGUGUGCCAAGGGCGAGGUUUACAUGUUCACCUUGUCCCCAGUGUUUGAGAAGAUGUACAAGCGAUACAUGUGUCACGUGAAGUACAAGAAACCGUCUAUUCUCUACAACAUCAACUACCAAGUCCGCAUUCCCUCCCUCAACUACCACAUCGAGCAGCGAAACUUCACCAUCAACGUGGAUACCCUGCAGUCACAUCGGCAGAUGUCCACACACCUCGACUUCCUCAAUGUGCAGCACAACACCUGGUUUGACUUUGAGGACGAGAUGAUCGUGAUUGCCAACCAUGCAGACAUCGUGAAGGAGAUGGGGGAACUGUCGCUGCACCCCCUUAAGUCCCCUUCCGACUUCACCAGCCGCCCCCACAACUCCAAAAAGGACUUUGGAACCCAGAUGUACACCUACAUCCAGUUUGAUGUGCCCUUCCGCUAUAGCUCUGUCACCUGGAUGAAUGGAGGCUGUGAGAAGAAUCUGUCACGUGUGCAUCCCAACCAGACACUGUACAAGUCAAACUCUGUCCGUGUUGCAGCCAAGAUCCUGAAGGAAAAGGAGGAGAUGCAUUACCAGAUGUAUCGCACGGACCGCUCACCCCUCAUCAGACUCUUUGUCAACAAGAGUCAGUCGGUUCUGUCCAGCUUCCAGUCUCAGCUGACUGGCUCCAUCCUGGUGCCCUCCGCCCUCCAGACUGCCAUCACCUGGUCUCCACAGCAACAGGCUUGGGCUAUCAACAUCACAGGUUCCUUGAUUGGAUACCCAGGUGUGGUUGGAGUUCAGAUAUUUGACAAGAUGAUGACUCGCUGUAUCGGCUACUUUGAUGUCCUCAUCACUGACCGGCCCCAAUUCCAUGUCCAGUUUAAUGUGUCCAGCUCACAGCCUCAGCUCCCCGACAUCUUCAUGGUGCUUCUCAAUGACUCAGUCACUUCCCACCGUGUUGUCCUCUCCUCCAUGGUCCUUCCACAACCCAUCUCUAUGGCAACAGUGGACCUGCAUCAGGCCAGCCGAGCACAGGCAGCCCCCUCCCACUCCUCCAUCUGGCUCCCAGUCAUCGUCACCGUCACAUUGUCACUCGUCACCAUCCUGGUUGUGUUUGUUGUGUAUGUCUGUGUCCACCUGAGAUCGAGACAUUCAGCAGAGGAGCUGGUGAAAACGGAGUCAGUGCUGCUGAAUAAUGCUGAUGCUGUGAAGGUCCCGGACAAGAUCUACAGCACCUCCUCUUCCAGGGCAGUGGCCUCCAGAACCGUUGUGUUCGCCUUCAUCCUCCUCUACAUCACGUAUUCCAUCGUGUUCACAUUCUCUGUGGCUUUUGGAAUUCUUUACUUCUCACAUCUCACAGCAUUAUCCAAUUUCACAAGAGUGUCCAACCUGACAGAGAAGCUCCAUCAGGAAGUCAGCAUGUCAAUGAAUGAACUUAAAACCUUUGAAAAAACAGAAAUCCGUUAUUUAAAGAAAUUGUUCCGGCAGCGGAAAGAUGCCUGCAUGGAACACCUCAACAGGGAGAACUCGGAUGUGCUGAGUCAGCAAGUGAAUCUGCUGAACAAGCAGCUGCAGGUCAUCUAUGUCCAGAAUGGAUCCCUCCAGUAUCUGUCUGACAACGUCGCUGAAGUAAAUGCUGAAAGGCACAUAGAAAAAAUACAAAUGUUUAUAAAAGAAUGUAAUAACAGUGUUCAAAAGCAUUUCCAUCGAUUGACUGAGAAGUAUUACAGUGAGCUGGAAGAAGUAUCCAGGAAUGGGUGGCUGGACUUCCCCCGGGACAUGUUUCUGGGGCAGACCAAGAGCGGGGAAGACGUCAGCCCCAUGUCUGCAUCUCACCUGCAGAAGUUCAUGGCCUGGCUACAGAUGGACAAAGCUGAUGCCCUGCUGCAGGGCCAGGAGACACUGGCCAACAGAUUGGAGUCACUAGUUCCUUCUUUCCAGUCGUUGAUUGCCACCAACAUCAACUCAGUCCAGGCGAACAGUGUCCCCUCCAUCCAAGUCAGCAACAGCAGCCUGCAAGCCUACAAGUAUGUGGUCAUGAAGAGGACUCUGGACACUCCAGACAAGGGACACGUUGAUGGCAAAAACAGAACCACAAGUAGUGUGGAGACAAUAGACAUGAAGUUGAACUCUAUAUUGUACAUCGCCAUGACUUUGUUUCUACUGAUGGACAUUUUCCUGUGGGUGUUCCGUCUUGCAUGGUUGUACACACAAGUUCAGGAGGCCAAUCAAGGAUGCGAAGAGCUCAUUCCGCAGGACGAGGCAGCCAGAAAAGUCCUUGAGACGAAGACGGGUCAGAAUCCCCCCCGACAGUUUGAUGCUUUGGAGCAUCCCUAUGUUCUCUCACACAAUGACAACGUGAACCAGGACAAUGAACUCAAUGUGUACUUCUGUCAGUCAUAUCCACGUUCAAAGGAAGAUAUUUUGCGAGACAUUUGGGCUCAAAAGUUGGCCACAAAGCCGAAGACUUCCAGAGAGAAGCUUGAGGACAUUUGGAUGGUGCAGGACAUUAUGGCCUGUAUGUGUUGGCUGCACCGCGCCCUCAUGUCGAAGCUGCUGUGGCGAUUCCUGUACACCGCCGCUGUCAUCCUCUUUGUAUGCUGCAUCAUGUACGUCGUGGACUCCUGGCUCUGUGCCGACAACUUCCACUCACUGGUUGGCUCAGAUCUCCUCAUGUCUGAGCUGGAAUGGCAGGCUCAGACUGUGAAUAGUCAUGUGUCUACUGUAGCUGAUAUGAUGAACACCAUUCUGCAGGAGCUGAAGGUGUCGGUGGACUACGACGUAGAGACAACCAAUGUGUUGCUGUUCCAUACAUGGGAGACUCAGAUGUCUGUUCUGACGUCGAUGUUAUCCAACUUGUGCAACAGCUCUAAUGCUGUAACCUGCAACCUCACCUUCCUCAAUACUCCACAUCAACAGCCGCUGUCAUCCUGCAACUUCCUGCCACUGAAGGUCAACACAUAUACAGACUUGGACAUCCUAAAGUUAAAGAGUUUGGUUAUAACAGAGUUGUCUCCCCUUCUGGAAAUGUCAAGGCACCUUGUGUUUAUGACUGCAUAUAUUGUGAUUGUGUUAUUGUGUGCACGAAUUGUGUGUCAAGUGACAGCAAGGACUGUGAAGGACUACCUCAUUGUGUCAGGGCACUUGCCCCGAGCAAGGAUUUAUCAGUUCAGUAACACAAUGACAGGGAUGUCUGACGAUCCCCACGAUCAGGAGAAGGAGAUUCACCGCAGUGCAUCCUGGUUAGAGAGUUGUGAGAGUGGUGUGUAUGUUGGAGACAACGAUGACUCCGCCAGAGAGUCAACAAUAUGAUCCACUGCAGUGCAUCCUGGGAAGAGAGUUGUGAGAGACGUCUAUGUGUUUGAAGAUAUGAUGACUUGGCCAGAGACGUCUAUGUGUUUGAAGAUAUGAUGACUUGGCCAGAGACGUCUAUGUGUUUGAGAAUAUGACAACUCGGCCAGAGUCAACAACAUGAUCCACCGCAGUGCAACCUGGGUAGAGAGUUGUGAGUGAUGUCUUUGUGUUGGAGACAAUAAUAACAGCCAGAUUCAACAAUGUGAUCCACCCAAUGGGAAGAGAGUUGUGAGAUUGAUAUUCUUGUGAGAGACAACAAUGACUCUGACAGAUUCCAAAAUAUAAUCCACAAAGUGCAUCAUGGGUAGUGUCAACAAUAUGAUCCACCGCAGUGCAUCAUGGGUAGAAAGUUGUGAGAGAUGUCUGUGUGUCAGAGACAAUGAUGACUCGGCCAGAGAGUCAACCAUGUGAUCCACCGCAGUGCAUCAUGGGUAGAAAGUUGUGAGAGAUGUCUGUGUGUCAGAGACAAUGAUGACUCGGCCAGAGAGUCAACAAUAUGAUCCACCGCAGUGCAUCAUGGGUAGAAAGUUGUGAGAGAUGUCUGUGUGUCAGAGACAAAUGAUGACUCGGCCAGAGAGUCAACCAUGUGAUCCACCGCAGUGGAACAUGGGUAGAGAGCUGUAAGAGACGUCUAUGUGUUGAAAACAGCCAGAUUCAACAAUGUCAUCCAUAGAGUUGGUAGAGAGUUGUGAGAGCGAUGUGUUUGUUGGAGACAAUGAUGACUCAUUUGGCCACAAUCAAGAUGGGGGAUUGUGAGAGCUAUAUACAUGUUGGCUGUGAGUGUGGCCACUAUCAAGAUGGUGGGUUGUGAGAGCUAUAUACAUGUUGGAUGUGAGUGUGGCCACUAUCUUGAUGAAGGAUUGGAGAGCUAUAUACAUGUUGGCUGUGAGUGUGGCCACAAUCAAGAUGGAGGAUUGUGAUAGCUAUAUACAUGUUGGCUGUGAGUGUGGUCACUAUCAAGAUGGGGGAUUGUGAGAGCUAUAUACAUGUUGGCUGUGAGUGUGGUCACUAUCAAGAUGGAGGAUUGUAAGAGCUAUAUACAUGUUGGCUGUGAGUGUGGCCACUAUCAAGAUGGAGGAUUGUAAGAGCUAUAUACAUGUUGGCUGUGAGUGUGGUCACUAUCAAGAUGGAGGAUUGUAAGAGCUAUAUACAUGUUGGCUGUGAGUGUGGCCACUAUCUUGAUGGAGGAUUGUAAGAGCUAUAUACAUGUUGGCUGUGAGUGUGGCCACUAUCAAGAUGGGGGAUUGUGAUAGCUAUAUACAUGUUGGCUGUGAGUGUGGCCACAAUCAAGAUGGGGGAUUGUGAGAGCUAUAUACAUGUUGGCUGUGAGUGUGGCCACAAUCAAGAUGGAGGAUUGUGAUAGCUAUAUACAUGUUGGCUGUGAGUGUGGCCACUAUCUUGAUGGAGGAUUGUAAGAGCUAUAUACAUGUUGGCUGUGAGUGUGGCCACUAUCAAGAUGGGGGAUUGUGAGAGCUAUAUACAUGUUGGCUGUGAGUGUGGCCACUAUCAAGAUGGAGGAUUGUGAGAGCUAUAUACAUGUUGGCUGUGAGUGUGGCCACUAUCUUGAUGGAGGAUUGUAAGAGCUAUAUACAUGUUGGCUGUGAGUGUGGCCACUAUCAAGAUGGGGGAUUGUGAGAGCUAUAUACAUGUUGGCUGUGAGUGUGGCCACAAUCAAGAUGGAGGAUUGUAAGAGCUAUAUACAUGUUGGCUGUGAGUGUGGCCACUAUCUUGAUGAAGGAUUGGAGAGCUAUAUACAUGUUGGCUGUGAGUGUGGCCACUAUCAAGAUGGAGGGUUGUAAGAGCUAUAUACAUGUUGGCUGUGAGUGUGGUCACUAUCAAGAUGGAGGGUUGUGAGAGCUAUAUACAUGUUGGCUGUGAGUGUGGCCACUAUCAAGAUGGUGGAUUGUUAGAGCUAUAUACAUGUUGGCUGUGAGUGUGGUCACUAUCAAGAUGGAGGGUUGUGAGAGCUAUAUACAUGUUGGAUGUGAGUGUGGCCACUAUCAAGAUGGAGGGUUGUGAGAGCUAUAUACUUGUUGGAUGUGAGUGUGGCCACUAUCAAGAUGGAGGGUUGUGAGAGCUAUAUACUUGUUGGCUGUGAGUGUGGCCAGUAUCAAGAUGGUGGAUUGUGAGAGCUACAUACAUGUUGGCUGUGAGUGUGGUCACUAUCAAGAUGGAGGAUUGUAAGAGCUAUAUACAUGUUGGCUGUGAGUGUGGUCACUAUCAAGAUGGAGGAUUGUAAGAGCUAUAUACAUGUUGGCUGUGAGUGUGGCCACUAUCAAGAUGGAGGGUUGUGAGAGCUAUAUACAUGUUGGCUGUGAGUGUGGCCACUAUCAAGAUAGAGGGUUGUGAGAGCUACAUACAUGUUGGCUGUGAGUGUGGCCACUAUCAAGAUGGAGGAUUGUAAGAGCUAUAUACUUGUUGGCUGUGAGUGUGGUCACUAUCAAGAUGGAGGAUUGUAAGAGCUAUAUACAUGUUGGCUGUGAGUGUGACCACUAUCAAGAUGGUGGGUUGUGAGAGCUACAUACAUGUUGGAUGUGAGUGUGGCCACUAUCUUGAUGAAGGAUUGUAAGAGCUAUAUACAUGUUGGCUGUGAGUGUGGCCACUAUCAAGAUGGAGGGUUGUAAGAGCUAUAUACAUGUUGGCUGUGAGUGUGGUCACUAUCAAGAUGGAGGGUUGUGAGAGCUAUAUACAUGUUGGCUGUGAGUGUGGCCACUAUCAAGAUGGUGGAUUGUUAGAGCUAUAUACAUGUUGGCUGUGAGUGUGGUCACUAUCAAGAUGGAGGGUUGUGAGAGCUAUAUACAUGUUGGAUGUGAGUGUGGCCACUAUCAAGAUGGAGGGUUGUGAGAGCUAUAUACUUGUUGGAUGUGAGUGUGGCCACUAUCAAGAUGGAGGGUUGUGAGAGCUAUAUACUUGUUGGCUGUGAGUGUGGCCAGUAUCAAGAUGGUGGAUUGUGAGAGCUACAUACAUGUUGGCUGUGAGUGUGGUCACUAUCAAGAUGGAGGAUUGUAAGAGCUAUAUACAUGUUGGCUGUGAGUGUGGUCACUAUCAAGAUGGAGGAUUGUAAGAGCUAUAUACAUGUUGGCUGUGAGUGUGGCCACUAUCUUGAUGGAGGAUUGUAAGAGCUAUAUACAUGUUGGCUGUGAGUGUGGCCACUAUCAAGAUGGGGGAUUGUGAUAGCUAUAUACAUGUUGGCUGUGAGUGUGGCCACAAUCAAGAUGGGGGAUUGUGAGAGCUAUAUACAUGUUGGCUGUGAGUGUGGCCACAAUCAAGAUGGAGGAUUGUGAUAGCUAUAUACAUGUUGGCUGUGAGUGUGGCCACUAUCUUGAUGGAGGAUUGUAAGAGCUAUAUACAUGUUGGCUGUGAGUGUGGCCACUAUCAAGAUGGGGGAUUGUGAGAGCUAUAUACAUGUUGGCUGUGAGUGUGGCCACUAUCAAGAUGGAGGAUUGUGAGAGCUAUAUACAUGUUGGCUGUGAGUGUGGCCACUAUCUUGAUGGAGGAUUGUAAGAGCUAUAUACAUGUUGGCUGUGAGUGUGGCCACUAUCAAGAUGGGGGAUUGUGAGAGCUAUAUACAUGUUGGCUGUGAGUGUGGCCACAAUCAAGAUGGAGGAUUGUAAGAGCUAUAUACAUGUUGGCUGUGAGUGUGGCCACUAUCUUGAUGAAGGAUUGGAGAGCUAUAUACAUGUUGGCUGUGAGUGUGGCCACUAUCAAGAUGGAGGGUUGUAAGAGCUAUAUACAUGUUGGCUGUGAGUGUGGUCACUAUCAAGAUGGAGGGUUGUGAGAGCUAUAUACAUGUUGGCUGUGAGUGUGGCCACUAUCAAGAUGGUGGAUUGUUAGAGCUAUAUACAUGUUGGCUGUGAGUGUGGUCACUAUCAAGAUGGAGGGUUGUGAGAGCUAUAUACAUGUUGGAUGUGAGUGUGGCCACUAUCAAGAUGGAGGGUUGUGAGAGCUAUAUACUUGUUGGAUGUGAGUGUGGCCACUAUCAAGAUGGAGGGUUGUGAGAGCUAUAUACUUGUUGGCUGUGAGUGUGGCCAGUAUCAAGAUGGUGGAUUGUGAGAGCUACAUACAUGUUGGCUGUGAGUGUGGUCACUAUCAAGAUGGAGGAUUGUAAGAGCUAUAUACAUGUUGGCUGUGAGUGUGGUCACUAUCAAGAUGGAGGAUUGUAAGAGCUAUAUACAUGUUGGCUGUGAGUGUGGCCACUAUCAAGAUGGAGGGUUGUGAGAGCUAUAUACAUGUUGGCUGUGAGUGUGGCCACUAUCAAGAUAGAGGGUUGUGAGAGCUACAUACAUGUUGGCUGUGAGUGUGGCCACUAUCAAGAUGGAGGAUUGUAAGAGCUAUAUACUUGUUGGCUGUGAGUGUGGUCACUAUCAAGAUGGAGGAUUGUAAGAGCUAUAUACAUGUUGGCUGUGAGUGUGACCACUAUCAAGAUGGUGGGUUGUGAGAGCUACAUACAUGUUGGAUGUGAGUGUGGCCACUAUCUUGAUGAAGGAUUGUAAGAGCUAUAUACAUGUUGGCUGUGAGUGUGGCCACUAUCAAGAUGGAGGGUUGUAAGAGCUAUAUACAUGUUGGCUGUGAGUGUGGUCACUAUCAAGAUGGAGGGUUGUGAGAGCUAUAUACAUGUUGGCUGUGAGUGUGGCCACUAUCAAGAUGGUGGAUUGUUAGAGCUAUAUACAUGUUGGCUGUGAGUGUGGUCACUAUCAAGAUGGAGGGUUGUGAGAGCUAUAUACAUGUUGGAUGUGAGUGUGGCCACUAUCAAGAUGGAGGGUUGUGAGAGCUAUAUACUUGUUGGAUGUGAGUGUGGCCACUAUCAAGAUGGAGGGUUGUGAGAGCUAUAUACUUGUUGGCUGUGAGUGUGGCCAGUAUCAAGAUGGUGGAUUGUGAGAGCUACAUACAUGUUGGCUGUGAGUGUGGUCACUAUCAAGAUGGAGGAUUGUAAGAGCUAUAUACAUGUUGGCUGUGAGUGUGGUCACUAUCAAGAUGGAGGAUUGUAAGAGCUAUAUACAUGUUGGCUGUGAGUGUGGCCACUAUCAAGAUGGAGGGUUGUGAGAGCUAUAUACAUGUUGGCUGUGAGUGUGGCCACUAUCAAGAUAGAGGGUUGUGAGAGCUACAUACAUGUUGGCUGUGAGUGUGGCCACUAUCAAGAUGGAGGAUUGUAAGAGCUAUAUACAUGUUGGCUGUGAGUGUGGCCACUAUCAAGAUGGAGGAUUGUAAGAGCUAUAUACAUGUUGGCUGUGAGUGUGGCCACUAUCAAGAUGGAGGAUUGUAAGAGCUAUAUACAUGUUGGCUGUGAGUGUGGCCACUAUCAAGAUGGAGGGUUGUGAGAGCUAUAUACAUGUUGGCUGUGAGUGUGGUCACUAUCAAGAUGGAGGGUUGCAAGGGCUAUAUACAUGUUGGCUGUGAGUGUGGCCACUAUCAAGAUGGGGGAUUGUGAGAGCUAUAUACAUGUUGGCUGUGAGUGUGGUCACUAUCAAGAUGGAGGGUUGUAAGAGCUAUAUACAUGUUGGCUGUGAGUGUGGCCACUAUCAAGAUGGAGGAUUGUGAGAGCUAUAUACAUGUUGGCUGUGAGUGUGGCCACUAUCAAGAUGGAGGGUUAUGAGAGCUAUAUACAUGUUGGCUGUGAGUGUGGUCACUAUCAAGAUGGAGGAUUGUAAGAGCUAUAUACAUGUUGGCUGUGAGUGUGGCUACUAUCAAGAUGGAGGGUUGUGGUGUUAAUAUUGGCCACAGUGAUUGGUGUAUACUGACUGUGUACACCCCUACGUCAGUCAUGUGGGUCAUUAACUUCAAGGAGCAAUAGGAGAGUUUGUGUGUUACUCCGAUAUAGUCACACCGUCGCUGCGUGAAUGGUACUGACCUCAUUUUUUUCAUCUGACUCGAUGGUUGCAUUAUGUUAUUUACUGCACAACUUGUUGAUUUGUAUUAUUUAUUUUGUUAAGUUUUAGAAUGAUAAAGCAACUAAUCAUUUUUUCUAUUCAUCAUUUCUGUGUUACAAUGGACACACUGCUUCCUACCUGUUUGUGAAGGAAGAUGGGGUGUUGUUCGCUGUGUUCUUGUGUGAGUAGUUCCCUGUUGUGUUGUGUCUGUGACUGUAUGCCUGUGUGAUGUUUUCUGUGUAUAUGGGAGUAUAUGUUAUGUGUGGGAGGAAACUGUGUGAUGAGGAGACUGGUAUAACUGUGUGAUUAGGAAACUUUGGCAUAAUUGUGGGAGAAAACUGUGUGAUGAGGGGACGGUGGUAUAACUGUGUGAUGAGGAGAAUGUGGUAUAACUAUGAUGAGAAGACUGUAGUAUAACUGUGAUGAGACUGUGGUAUAACUGUGAUGAGGAGACUGUGGUAUAACUGUGAUGAGGAGACUGUGGUAUACCUGUUUGAUGAGACUGUGGUAUAACUGUGUGAUUAGGAGACUGUGGUAUAACUGUGUGAUGAGGAAACUGUGGUGAUGAGACUGUGGUAUAACUGUGAUGAGACUGUGGUAUAACUGUAUGAUUAGGAAACUGGUAUAACUGUGAUGAGGAGACUGUGGUAUAACUGUGAUGAGGAGACUGUAGUAUAACUGUGAUGAGGAGACUGUGGUAUAACUGUGGUGAUGAGACUGGUAUAACUGUGUGAUUAGGAAACUGUGGUAUAACUGUGGUGAUGAGACUGUGGUAUAACUGUGAUGAGACUGUGGUAUAACUGUGUGAUUAGGAAACUGGUAUAACUGUGAUGAGGAGACUGUGGUAUAACUGUGAUGAGGAGACUGUGGUAUAACUGUGAUGAGGAGACUGUGGUAUAACUGUGAUGAGGAGACUGUGGUGAUGAGACUGGUAUAACUGUGUGAUUAGGAAACUGUGGUAUAACUGUGGUGAGGAGACUGUGGUAUAACUGUGAUGAGACUGUGGUAUAACUGUGGUGAGGAGACUGUGGUAUAACUGUGUGAUUAGGAGACAGGUCGCAGACGUUUACCACGUCAGUGAAACCCACGAGCACAGGUAUGGUACUGACAAACUGUGGUGUGACUGUGUGAUGAGGAGACUGUGGUAUAGCUGUGUGGUGAGGAUACAGUGGUGUAAGUGUGAUGAGACUGGUAUGACUGUGUGACAAGGAGACUGUGGUAUAACUGUGUGACAAGGAGACUAUGGUAUAACUGUGUGAUGAGGAGACUGGUAUAACUGUGCGAUAAGGAUACUGUGGUAUAACUGUGCGAUGAGAAUACUGUGGUAUAGAUGAGGAUACUGUGGUAUAACUGUUAAUGGUGUGUGAUGUACUGUGAUCAUGAGAAUUGAUUUUUUACAUGAUUUCUCUGUAUAUGUACCUUCACAUGCUUGAAAUGUCUACAACAUCAUUGGAGUACAUUCAUAUUUAUUAUAAUAAAAUGGGGUUUAAUACUGA